CUGGGUCUGAACAAGGAGGUCUGGGGUCUAGACCCUUGUAUCUGAGGGACAAUGUUCUCUCUGACCCCCUGGGUGUGAGGGGAAACAGCUGGGACUUGGAAAUCUGGGUGUAAGAAAGAAACGGAGCGCUGAGGCACCUCCAGGUGGACAGAGCUGUCACCAUGAACACCACCUCGGGGCCUGAAGCUGCACCCAAACCAAGUGCAAAGUCUAUCUAUGAACAAAGGAAACGUUACUCCACCGUGGUUAUGGCUGACGUAUCCCAGUAUCAUGUCAACCACCUGGUCACCUUCUGCUUGGGGGAGGAGGAUGGCGUGCACACGGUGGAAGAUGCUUCCAGAAAGUUGGCCGUCAUGGACAGCCAGGGACGCGUCUGGGCACAGGAGAUGCUACUGAGAGUGUCCCCUGGCCAUGUCACUCUGCUUGACCCGGUCUCCAAGGAGGAGCUAGAGUCAUAUCCUCUUGACGCCAUCGUACGCUGCGACGCGGUGAUGCCCCGCGGCCGGAGCCGCUCGCUGCUGCUCCUGGUGUGCCAAGAGCCAGAGCGUGCGCAACCAGACGUCCAUUUCUUCCAGGGCCUGCUCCUCGGGGCGGAGCUGAUCCGCGAGGACAUCCAAGGGGCUCUGCAGAACUACCGCUCUGGACGCGGGGAACGCAGGGCGGCAGCGCUCAGGGCAACGCAGGAGGAGCUGCAGCGUGGCGCCUCUCCAGCUGCGGAGACCCCGCCCUUACAGCGUCGCCCCUCGGUCCGUGCGGUCAUCAGCACCGUGGAACCGUCCGCGGGACGCGGGCGACCCCAGGUGGAACCAAUCUCAGAGACGGAAGAAGCGGGGAGAUCCGGCCCAGCUCGCACCAGCGCGAGCAACGCUAACCCGACCUCCCCGGACCUGGGCCCGCGGGGUCCCGAGCUGGCGGGUCUGCAGGCCGAGCGGGAUGUGGAUAUCCUGAACCACGUGUUCGACGACGUGGAGAGCUUCGUAUCCAGGUUGCAGAAGUCAGCAGAGGCUGCCCGGGUUUUGGAGCACCGCGAGCGCGGCCGCAGGACGCGCCGCCGAGCAGCCGGAGAGGGCCUGCUGACGCUGCGAGCCAAGCCACCAACCGAGGCUGAAUACACAGAUGUGCUCCAGAAAAUCAAAUAUGCCUUCAGUCUGCUGGCCCGAUUGCGCGGCAACAUCGCCAACCCCUCCUCUCCAGAGCUGCUGCACUUUCUGUUUGGACCUCUACAAAUGAUUGUGAAUACUUCGGGGGGUCCUGAGUUCGCGAGCAGUGUGCGACGCCCGCAUCUGACCUUGGAGGCUGUGGCGCUGCUCCGCGACAACGUCACUCCUCGUGAAAACGCGCUGUGGACCUCGUUGGGGGACUCCUGGACGCGCCCAGGGGUGGAGCUGACCACGGAAGAAGCGUCUCCAUACAGUCCCGAAUUCUACAGCGGCUGGGAGCCUCCGGCCACUGACCCGCAGGGCCGCGCCUGGGAGGACCCAGUGGAAAAACAGCUACAACACGAGAAGCGGCGCCGGCAGCAAAGCGCCCCCCAGAUCGCUGUCAAUGGUCAUCAAGAGCCAGACCCGGAAGCCGGGUCCCAGCUAGAAGAGAGAGCCAGAAAGUGGGUUCUGUGUAAUUAUGACUUCCAAGCCCGAAACAGCAGCGAGCUGUCCGUCAAGCACCGAGAUGUGUUGGAGGUCCUGGAUGACAGGCGCAAAUGGUGGAAGGUUCGGGACCAUCAGGGCCAGGAGGGCUAUGUACCUUAUAACAUCCUGACACCCCACCCGGGACCUCAGGUGCACCGCAGCCAAAGACCUGCAGGAAACCUAGAGACUAGUACUCCUCCUCCUGCCCCACCCGCACCAGCUCCAGCCCCCGCUCAGGUGCGACCCCACUGGGACAGUUGCGACAGUCUCAACAAUUUGGACCCCAGCGAGAAGGAGAAAUUCUCCCAGAUGCUCAGUGUCAAUGAGGAGCUGCAGGCGCGCCUGGCGCAGGGCCGUUCGGGUCCCAGCCGGGUAGCCCCGGGACCCCGCGCCCCGGAGCCUCAGCUCAGCCCGCGCUCUGAGGCCUCGGUGGUCCGUGCCUGGCUGCAGACCAAGGGCUUUAGCUCGGGGACUGUGGACGCCCUCGGAGUGCUGACCGGUGCACAGCUCUUCUCGCUGCAAAAGGAAGAGUUGCGGGCGGUGUGCCCCGAGGAAGGGGCGCGAGUGUACAGCCAAGUCACCGUGCAGCGCGCGCUGCUGGAGGACAGAGAAAAAGUGUCAGAGCUGGAGGCCGUGAUGGAGAAGCAAAAGAAAAAAGUGGAAGGCGAGACCAAGACGGAAGUUAUUUGAUCCUUCCUGACCCGGUCGCAAAACGGGAAGAGAUGGCGGGGGUUCCCAGCGCCCCCUAGGACAACAGUCGCCAGACUCCUCCCCAUCACCAGUGACGGGAGAUGUCCCGAAGGAUCGCCCAGCCUGGUCUCCCCGCUUCCCCGGCAGGCAGGCUGCACUGACAGUGCUGACCGGAACCUUCCAGAGGGACCUCCGACUGACAGGCAUGGGGAAGGGGACGGAGCACAGAGACACUACCAGAGAGACAUGCCCAAGAGGCGCACUGUGCGUUGUGAUGUGCUAUACAUAAAGAGCCUCCUUUUCAGACCA